AUGAUGAACCAUAUGGCCCAACAUCGAGCUCACCAAGAAAAUCGCCAGCUGUGCACCCGGGCAAAUCCUCCGACCCGACCCGAAGGCCGGGUCGCGUGCAAUGGCCCACACGUUCACGCUCACGGUUGCUCCCUUGGGAAUGUCGAAGCCACCGAUUUUGACAUUGGUGUUGGCCUUGUGAGGGAGCAUGAGAGGAGUCGGAGGGUGGAGCCGGAAACACUCCUUGGUCACGUGUUGGAGAGUCAACAAGGCAUCGACAAAAUGGUUCUUGGUAUUACCCGUCUUCUUCCUGGCGAGGGUGUGUUCCUCCAUGAUUUUCUUGGCGAAACUGUCGGAACGCUUGAUGCAAUCCUUGAAAAUCGACUCAACCAUGGCGGUGACCUCAUCUUCCCUAAUCGGCCUAAGCGCCUCAAUCCUCUUCAUGGAGAAGAGCUCGAGCGUGCAGAGCUUCCUGACCUUGACAUAGUGCGGGCCGUAGUCGGACCAGAUGAGGUCCAUCCCGUUCUUGCUGAACAUGUUGAUCUGUCGCGUCCGGUUCCGGUAGGCCAGCUGCUGGUCGUUGUCCUUGAGGACCUCCUUGGCCAGCUCGGCGGAGUUGACCACCACGCUGAGGUGGGACCCGAAGUAGAUGGAGAAUAUUGGGCCGUAGAUCUGGGACCACUCGGUGAAGCAGUGGACGAGGACGGGCUUGAGGUCGUAGAGGUUGCCGACGACGGGGAGGGGCCGGGGGCCGGGGGGGAGCUUGAAGCGGAGGCGCUGGAAGAGCUUGUAGGCGGCGAGGACGGCGAGGAAGGAGAGGAUUAUGAGGGAAAAAUGUCGAUGAAAGUGAAUAGCAGAAACGAAUUUACGCUUCCCUUCAUUUUAGUUUCGGCUGUGGUCGCCCUGAUUUGUGCGAUCGGGUUCUGUGGCGAGCCGGCGGUGGCGCUGACGGAGACGAUGAAAGUUGGUGGCCUGGGCGGUGUUUCUCAGAACAAUCCCGAGAUUGAUAGCAUUGCGAGAUUUGCGGUUAAGAGGCACAACGAAAAGCAGAACUCAGCUCUCGAGUUUGUGAGGGUAGUGAAUGCCAAAGAACAGGUCGUAGCAGGUAUAAUGCACCAUCUUACCCUUGAGGUAACCGAUGGUGGUCGGAAGAAGAAAUAUGAGGCAAAAGUGUGGGUAAAGUCAUGGGAGAGUUUCAAGGAGCUUCAAGAGUUUAAGCCGGUUGAUGAUAGCCUUUCAUACGCUUCUCCCGGACUUGGUGUUGGUCAUGGUCGUUGAUGGUUUCGUUUGGACUUGAGUUGCUGGGGAUAAUUACUUGAAAUAUAAAAAAAAAACUCAGGUUUGUGAACAGAAUUAUGAAGUAGUUAUAUAUAUUAUAUAUGGAUAUUACAAAAAUAUGCAGCCUUCUGCAAAGUCAUGAAACUCAUAUAUAGUAAGGCACGUAUAUGUGAAGUGGUCUGUGAAAGUGUGAAAAGUGUGGGGAAUCUUAUAACUAGGAAAACCAUUUACUUUCGUGUUUUGCUCUGUUUAGUUAUAAUGUAAACAUACUAACCAUAGUAUAUAUUUGUGAAUACUUUGAUGUACAACGUUGUGCAUUUGGAAUUUGGAUUUAUAAAUUGUUUCACAUGAUGGUUC